CAAGUCGUAAUAAAUAUGCAAAGAUCUCCUUGCCCAUACCGCAUUAUCGAUGAUACUGGAAGCACCUUUAUCAUUGGAACUACCCUGGGUACGGGUUGGUAUGCUCUAAAGGGCUUCAGAAACUCUCCCAGUGGUUCUCAUAUGCAAGGUAUACUAUAUUCUGUAAAGACGCGUGUCCCUAAACUAGGAGGAGCGUUUGCAAUUUGGGGUUUUUGGUAUUCUGCUUUUGAUUGUCUCUUCAGUCAUCUUCGCCACCGAGAAGACAUGUGGAACUCUGUCCUUGCUGGAGGUCUUUCUGCCAGUAUUCUUGUGUUACGAUCCGGAGUGAAAACUGUUGCUUGGUCCUUCGUCAGUGGAGCUGCUCUCUUAGGCAUGAUUGAAGGAGCUAUGAUUCUAUUAAGUAACUCUAUGAACAAACGGAUUAACAAGGUGAUGAUGGAGCAAGCAGGAGUGGAUACUUUUGCGUCUCUUGCGGCACCUCGUACAAAACCAAGAGAUGCUGUUCGUCUUCAAGACAGUUAUAGUGAAACUCCGUCUAUUGACUAAGAUGGGAGACGUGAAGUUUGGGGUCCAUUUCUUUGCUAUGUACGUU